CCGUUCAUCUCCGCGGGGUUUUUUUUCCUACGUCAGCCUGGGCUUGCAUAAGGAUCUGGUUGCACAUCCAGGACGGAGAGCCGCCAGGCCAGGGCGCUUCGCCUGCUUCGCCCGGGCCGAGCUGCGGCUGGCGGAUCCGGCGCCUCCCAGAGCCGAAGGGGCUGCUGCUCCUCGUCGCAUGUGGCGUUUCUCCUCCUCCUCCUCCUCCUUUUGCAAUCUCCCACCCGGGCCAGCGAGACUGUUCCCGCCCACCGAGAGCAGAAGCGGGCGGCGGAGCCGGGGACUCGGUCGGCGCUUGCUCGGGGCGAUACGGGGAAGAUCUAGCUAAGACUGUGAAGUAACUGCAGACUUUUGGGAUUUGCCAAGAUGUUGGAGGAAGAUCUGGAAGUGGCCAUCAAAGUGGUGGUGGUUGGAAACGGAGCUGUUGGGAAGUCCAGUAUGAUCCAGAGAUAUUGCAAAGGAAUUUUCACGAAAGACUACAAGAAAACUAUUGGAGUUGAUUUCCUGGAAAGAGAAAUGCAAGUCAACAAUGAAGAUGUCCGACUGAUGCUGUGGGACACAGCAGGUCAAGAAGAAUUUGAUGCAAUUACGAAAGCUUAUUACAGAGGAGCCCAAGCGUGUGUGCUUGUGUUUUCGACUGUUGACAGAGAAUCUUUUGAAGCAAUCCCUACUUGGAAGGAGAAAGUAGUAUCUGAAGUCGGAGACAUCCCUACAGUGCUUGUUCAGAAUAAGAUUGACCUCCUAGAUGAAUCUUGUAUAAAGAAUGAAGAAGCAGAAGCGUUGGCAAAAAAGCUAAAAUUAAGAUUCUACCGAGCAUCUGUAAAGGAGGACCUAAACGUAACAGAAGUUUUUAAGUAUUUGGCUGAGAAGUACCUUCAAAAACUCAAACAAAGAAUAGUUGAAGAUCCAGAAGUAGUACACACAAGUAGUAACAAAAUUGGUGUUUUCAACACAGCAGGUGGAAGUCAUUCUGGGCAGAAUUCUAACUUGCUUAAUGGUGGUGAUGUCAUCAACCUUAGGCCAAACAAACAAAGGACCAAGAAAAACAGAAGCCCUUUUAGCAACUGCAGCAUUCCCUAGCGCUCCCACAUAGAGAAGAAAAGAUGGUCUGAGACAGCUGCUCGACUGAAACCCAUAAGGGACACAACUGGCUGUAGAGGUGUUUUACCAGUGCUUUAGCAGAUGUUGCACGCAUUGGAUUUUGCAUUGAUAGUGGAUAUUCCUGUUGCAAUGAAUUAUUAUCAGUACAUAAUGAGACCCCCGGCAGCACAAAAAAAUAGAACCGUUGCCCCCAUGCAUUCGUUUUACAUUCAAUAGGACAACUUUCCAGGCGAAAGAUGUGUUGUAUUAAAGUGUACAAUAGGUUUCACUUUAUUAAAAAGAAAAAGAGAAAAGUUCAGCUGAAAUGCUUAAAUAUUGGUACCGUUCAAGAGAAAAUGCCUUUUCCUACUCAUUUGACCACAUAGCUCAGUUGGGAUUAAUAGUUUGUUAAACUACCCUAUGCACAUUCUGGCAAUAUUGGUGGUGCAAUAUUUAUAUAGCUUAUGAAUUCUAGCUGCAAUGUGUGUAUAUAAAAACUUGGCCAGAGAUUCGGGAUAAUAAAACAGAUACUAGGCCCAAUGAUAUGUUCCUGAUAAUUUCUGAACUGGCAUCCUAGAGAUGACUUUCAUUUUUUAAAAAAACCAUUGAACAAACCUUUCCCAAAUGGUAUUGUGCAUGCUUACAUUCUCCCUACUCUGUGGGCCUUAACUUUUCUUUUUAAAAACUGUACGGUGCCAAAGGCAAAUACUUCUGCUGCUACACCUAGAUGUUUUAGUUAAUUUAGUGUCAUAUGUAUAUACAUAGAUAUUCUAAAUUUUAAUGAGGCAAGCAGGUGAUAAAUGGUACAGCCAGGUAGUUCUAUUUUCAAUCAGC